GACCAGGGAGUCUGUCCCUAAAGGCUUGGCACGAGAUUCCAUGGGUUGGGAUGUGGACCCUGAGCGGUUCCUGGGUGCCCUGAAUGCCCAAGGCCUGGCUGUGGGGGCUGGGAAAAACCCCCUCCCCUUCAGCAAGGGGCUCCUGAAAUCCCUCCUUGGAAACAAGAGUGGUUUGGGAGGGAAAAGUGAUAGGGGAGCUUAUGGUGCCCUUUGCCAGCCGGCAUUAAAAAUUCAUGUGCGUGAUGGGCUCUUCCAAAUAAGUCCAGGAAGGAUGAGUUCCUCCCUCCCUGACAUGCUGGCAAAGCACUCCGGCUGCUUCCCCGCGCAGGUGGCACCAGGGCCCCGAUGUCUGUGCCUGGGGACGGGCUCUGCUCCCUCAGGGCAUGGGGUGCAGGCUGUCCGUGCACAGCGGGAUGAGGGAUACCGGGUGGCUGGAAAGCUGCGUGUCCCACAGGAGGGUGGGGGCUGUGCUGGGGGGUGACCUGGAGGGCAGGGAGCAAGGAAUCCUGGUGGGAAGGGUGUGGAGUCCUGGAUGGGGAGGGAUGCAGGUACCCGAGAGGGGUGGGAUGUGCGGUGCCCCAGCCGUGAGGUACACGGGAUAAUCUGGGCAAGGAAGGAUGGAGGGAGGCGUGCAAGGUGCCCAGGUGCCCUGCCAAGGGGGAUACCCAGCAGGGACCAACAGGGGAGUGCUGAGGGUAACACAGCCUGGAACGUGGGGCGAGGAGAGAGGCGGCAUGCUGAGCUCCUUGGCGGGGCGGGAUGGGAGGCAGAGCUCCCGGGGUGGAGAGCCGCGGUGCUGAGUUCCCGAGGCGGGAGGAAUGGGAUGCUGAGCUCCCGGCGGGGAGGAAUGGGAUGCUGAGUUCUCGGGGGGGCCGGGCCGGGAUGCUGAGCUCCCGUGGGGGAAGGAAUGGGAUGCUGAGCUGCCGGGGAUGCUGAGCUGCCAGGGAUGCUGAGCUGCCGGGGGCCGGGCCGGGCGGGCCGGGGGGCGGCUCCACGUGGCUCAUUAGCAGGAGGCAAUUUAAUAUUUAUGAAGUGUUCUUGUUUGAAUCCCAAGUCUUCGGCUCCAGUUACAAGGAGCUGCGUCACCCUGCGAUCACAUGGUAAUUGUUGCUAUUUCCAGGAUCCCAGCCUCGCAGAGUGGCACAAGAGCUCUUUCCCCUUUUCUUGUCCUUUUUCCCCGCCGCCUUUUCCCUUGUUGGCCGCUGUUUUCGGGGCGGUUUUCGCUGGCCCCUCGGCCGGCUCGGCGCUGGCGGGGCGAUGCCGGGGCCGCUGCUCUGAGCCGGGGCGGGCGCAGCCGCUCCCCCGCCCCUGCCCCUGCCCGGGAGCCGCUCCAUGAGAGCGGGACCGGCCCGGCGCCCCCAAAAUGACCGAGCUGGAAGGGGACUUCACCAAGCUGUUGCUGCUGAAGGAGGAGCGGAUCAAGGAGCUGGAGCGGCGCCUGGGGGAGAAGGACGAGGAGAUCCAGGAGCUGCGGCGGCGGCUGCACAAAUGCCAGUCCGUGCUGCCGGCCCCCAGCCCGCACAUCGGGCCCCGCACCACCCGGGCGCAGGGCAUCUCGGCCGAGCCGCAGACCUACCGCUCCUUCCACGACCUCCGCCAGGCUUUCCGCAAGUUCACCAAGGCCGAGAGGUCCAAGGAGCUAAUAAAGGAAGCGAUCCUUGACAAUGACUUCAUGAAGAACCUGGAAUUGUCCCAAAUCCAGGAGAUUGUGGAUUGUAUGUACCCUGUGGAGUAUGGCAAGGACAGCUGCAUCAUCAAGGAGGGAGAUGUGGGUUCCCUGGUCUACGUCAUGGAAGAUGGGAAGGUUGAAGUGACAAAAGAGGGAGUGAAGCUCUGCACCAUGGGACCUGGCAAAGUUUUUGGGGAGUUGGCCAUCCUUUACAACUGCACCCGGACAGCUACUGUCAAAACUCUCGUAAAUGUGAAACUUUGGGCUAUUGAUCGGCAAUGUUUUCAAACAAUAAUGAUGAGGACUGGCCUCAUCAAGCAUACUGAGUAUAUGGAAUUUUUGAAAAGCGUUCCUACAUUCCAGAGCCUUCCAGAGGAGAUCCUCAGUAAGCUUGCAGAUGUCCUGGAAGAGACUCACUACGAGAGUGGAGAGUACAUCAUCCGCCAAGGGGCUCGAGGAGACACCUUCUUUAUAAUCAGCAAAGGAAAGGUGAACGUUACCCGGGAGGACUCUCCCAGUGAAGAUCCCGUCUUUCUCCGCACUCUGGGGAAGGGGGAUUGGUUUGGAGAAAAAGCCCUCCAAGGGGAAGAUGUCAGAACAGCCAACGUCAUCGCAGCUGAAGCGGUCACUUGUCUGGUCAUAGACAGAGAUUCCUUCAAGCACCUGAUCGGGGGCCUGGACGAUGUCUCCAACAAAGCCUAUGAGGAUGCAGAAGCAAAAGCAAAAUACGAAGCCGAAGCUGCCUUCUUUGCCAACCUGAAACUGUCGGAUUUCAACAUCAUCGACACCCUGGGAGUCGGAGGCUUCGGGAGAGUGGAGCUGGUGCAGCUGAAGAGCGAGGAGGCCAAGACGUUCGCCAUGAAGAUCCUGAAGAAGCGGCACAUCGUGGACACGCGGCAGCAGGAGCACAUCCGCUCCGAGAAGCAGAUCAUGCAGAGCGCCCACUCCGACUUCAUCGUCAGGCUCUACAGGACGUUCAAGGACAGCAAGUACCUGUACAUGCUGAUGGAGGCCUGCCUGGGGGGAGAGCUCUGGACAAUUCUCAGGGACAGGGGUUCAUUCGAGGAUUCCACAACCAGGUUUUACACGGCAUGUGUGGUGGAAGCCUUUGCCUACUUGCAUUCCAAAGGGAUCAUUUAUAGGGACCUCAAACCAGAGAACCUCAUUCUGGAUCACCGAGGUUAUGCCAAGCUGGUCGAUUUUGGCUUUGCAAAGAAAAUAGGAUUUGGAAAGAAAACAUGGACUUUUUGUGGCACCCCAGAGUAUGUAGCCCCCGAGAUCAUCCUGAACAAAGGUCACGACAUUUCAGCAGACUACUGGUCCCUGGGAAUCCUGAUGUAUGAGCUCCUGACUGGCAGUCCCCCUUUCUCAGGCCCAGACCCCAUGAAGACCUAUAACAUCAUAUUAAGGGGAAUAGACAUGAUCGAAUUUCCAAAGAAGAUUGCCAAAAAUGCUGCUAAUUUAAUUAAAAAACUAUGCAGGGACAAUCCAUCAGAAAGAUUAGGGAAUUUGAAAAAUGGAGUGAAAGAUAUUCAAAAGCACAAAUGGUUUGAAGGCUUUAACUGGGAGGGGUUACGGAAAGGGACACUGACACCUCCCAUCAUCCCAAGUGUCGCGUCUCCCACGGACACGAGCAACUUCGACAGCUUCCCAGAGGACAGUGAUGAGCCACCCCCUGACGACAACUCAGGAUGGGACAUAGAUUUUUAAUGUUAUUUCUCUUACCUGCUUCUGCCUUGCUGAGGACAGCUUUUCCUGGGACGUGGCUGCCAGCGGAACGGGAAGACCGGAACUGGGGAGGAUUCGUGCUCGGGGUCACCAUGAUGCCUUGAUUGAUGCUGCUCCAGUAACUCCAGUGGCAUUAGGACUUCUUGCUUAGUGACAGUAGUGCUCUCCAUGUUUUCUGUUGGAACGUGACCUGGUGUGGGCAUGGUGGUCCUGACACAGAGCCUUUCUCCGGCACAGAACUCCUCCUCUGUGGCCACAGAGAUCCUGGCACACUCCUGAUUAGCAGAGUGAGAGAUCCGUAGAGUAAGAGGCACUUAAUUCCAGCUGCUUUUUCCGUAGGAUCAGUAGUAACUUAUGAAGUGCUGCAGCUACUCCAGUGCAGGAUUUGGGCUAUUCCCACCCUCUGAGCUCCACAGGGCAGUGCUGGAGCCCAGGAGGAGCACGGGCAAAGCACUCCCAUCAAAGCAGGGGGGAAUGUGUCCUUUUCCUUUCCUAGCAGUAUUCCCGACGAGACUGAAUGUUCCCUUUCCUCUUUGUUUUGGAAAUGUUUUGGCUCAGCCUGGUCAAACAAAAGCACAACUGCUGCAGAUGCUGUCAAGGCAGAGUUGGGUUGCUUCCCUCACAUGGCAGCACCACCUUUGAGCUUCGGUUCUCCUUUCCCUUGGUACCAAUCCAUGCAUGGAAAAAGAAAAUCAUGGAAUUCAUCCAUUGUACAUCUAUUGAUCCAUUUCACAGUGCUCCAAUCACGGUCCUGAGCAAAGCAACAGCAGCCCACCAGUCUGGUUAGGUAUGAAAUUAAGGAUAACUUUGACCUUUUUAGGCCCAAAGGGAAAAACAUGUGAUGUCCUUUCGAGGUGCUACAUCCAUUCCUCACCUGGGAAGAAACCUGUCCCUGAACCAUCCUGUCAGGAAUAUGUAGCAGAGGCUCCGUGCUCCCUUUUGAUGAUUCCAGGUCUCCAUGUCUGCAUCUCUUCCAUGUUUAAAGAAUCUCAUUAAAAUAGAAAUACUGGGCCAGUCUGCUGGCCCUGAUGGAACAUUGCCAGUAAUCCUGAUGCCCCUGCAGGCUAAGGAGCUCCACAGGAAAGUCAGUGGAAUUCAAUGGGAAAUGGAUAUUGAAGAUCCCUGUGAGGUCUCCAGCAUGCCAGAUCCACAAGAUUGUGUUUAACACAGGGAUGGUCAAAUCCCUAUGGAAAAAAGAACUGGGGAAAACAAUAUAAUCAGGAUAUGCUUUUCCCUCACUUCUACUGCUUUUCCUUUGCUCUAAUUCCCUCCUCUGGUUUAUAGGAUGCAGCAGAGGGAUCCUGUCCUGGGUGCCCAUUUGUUGCAUACACCCAGGACUAAAGGUUUUCCCAUUAUCCAACAGGAAGCAUCAGCUUUUGGUCUCUCUGAGAGACCUUGCCCCAAAAAAUCACAGAAUCAUGGAAUGGUUUGGCUUGGAAGGGACCUUAAGGGUCCUCUCAUUCCAGCCCCUGCCAUGGGUGAGCGGGUACUGCCUCCUUUGGUCUCAGCUGCCAGGAGCUGGCUGUGGAAAGAUCAAGCCUUGCUGAUGAGAACUCUUCCCACGUAUGACAUGGCAAUGGUCUGCUUGAGCAGUAAAAAGUUCCUUCCCUGAUGCUGAAUCCCAACUCUCUUGCAUGUUUUUCAUUAAAGGAUGUAAUCAAAAGGGUAUUUUGAUGGCGUGGGCCGUGUCUGCUGUUUAACGUGAGCUGGGUCGUGUGACACCUUUGAAACCAGUCUGUGGCUCUGCAAUUCCCUGUGUUUCCCAAAGGGUGAAGCCACACCUCUGGCACAGUCACUUCUGCUGCUCUUUAACCAUUAAAACUUCAUUUGCCUUCAAAUUCACAGGGAAAAGGCAGCUCCUGCUGGCUUUUCCACCUUUCUCCAAGGGAUGGACAGCACUGAGAGCCAAGGCUGAGCACGAGGGCUAAAACAUUCACCAGGCAUCUAAAACAGGCCUAACAGCCAAAUGCUUCCCUCCCAUCCCCCUGAGUUCUCACUCCAUGGGGACAGCUUUCUGUAGGAGUUUAUCCCAGGAUGGUGACACCUGAUGCACUUGGCAGGCAAGGAGGGGAAAGCACCACAAGGAUUUGGGGAUCCACCUGAAAACGUGGGCAGGAAGGAGGGACUAGAAUGGGCUGAGGAGUUUGGUUUCUUUUUCCUGUCCCUUUUUUCCUUGUGCCAGGCAUGGGAAUUGACACCUGCAGCGUGCACUGUGCUGAAUCUGAGUUUAUUUUGAUAUCAAACACCUCACUCGACUUCCAUGGCCUCUCUUGAGCAUUAACACUUUGCAUAUGUAUAUGAUAAGCCUUCAGUUAUAAUAAUAUAUUUAAGUUGCUUUAUAUAUAUCUCUAUAUAUCCACAACAAGGGGUUGCCUCUGUGUUUCCACCUCCUGUCCUUAUUUCUUUGUCUCCUUUCCUGAUCUAUGGGACGACAGCGUUUGUAGGGAAGGGGGAAUCGGCUCCCGUGUUUCCAGAGGGGGCUUUGAUUGGUGUUGUAGCUUCUCCUGGAGCUGCAAUGCCCACAGCAAACUCUUCUUCAACAACAGGACCACGAGCAGAUAUUUCUGUAAAUAGGUAUUUUCGUGUCGAUGUUAUGUGGGUCACACAGAACUUUCUGUUCUUUUCCAGUUCCAUGGCAUUAUUCCUUCAUUUCCUUAUUUGUAAUGUAAUGUUUUUAGGUCGAGGUAGACUUGAAUUAAUGUCAUAUUUGUCAGUAUGAUUGAACUUUCUGUCAGCUGUCCUGUUCACCCACCUGUCCCAUAGUUCUAGAACGUCACUGGCUAUCUGGCAUUGUUGCAAGUGCCUUAAAUCCAUGGCAUCUUAUUUAAAAAAAAAAAAAGACAAAUUUGGUGUUAUGCUGCAUGACAAAGACAAACACACCUCAAACUGUCGUCCUUUCUUAGCUUGCUGCGUUUUACAGUUCUUUCUGCUACCGAUUUCUAAGCCUUUAUUAUCUGAUCUUGAUGAAUUACAGAAAUGAUGACGUCGUUCUCUGAUUUCUGUUCAAUGUACCAGAGCUGUGUAUCUGUUAAUGAGAUACAGAGUCAUUUCUGUGAAAUGUAUAAAUGUGAUGUGCGGGUCAAAUUAAUCUCUGACAUCCUAGCAGUCUGUAGACAGGUAUUCCUGUUUUGCUAAGCUCUGCAGAUCUCACCCAUCCGUGCUGUCCCACACAGCCCCCCUCGGGAAUCUCCCACCUGGGAAAAAUCCACCCCAGCGGCGUUUUCCUGACCUGAAACCCCGGUGCAAAGACAAGGCUCGUUUGCACCACUCAACCAAACAGGAUCUGUGCUUCUCCCUGCCCCAUUCCCUGCAUCCACGGGGAUGAGCCCUGCAAGCUCCUCCACGGCUCCCCAGCCUUGGGUGCUCUUAGGGCUUUCUCAGAAAAAGGGGAAAUUCCCAUUUGGAGUUGCCUCUCCCCCUCGAGUCCCGAUUUACGCUGGUUUUACCCGAGCCCUUUGUUUUAUACUCUGAUUUUCUCUCCUUCCACGGCAGAGGUUUUGUUUGUUGGGCAGAUGUCGGUCACGCCCCGGCCAUCGGCCGCUUGCACUCUUUGGAUGUUGACUGAGAAACUUCGGGGUUUUUUUUUUUGGUUUUUUUUUUUUUUUUCAUAAACUUCCAUGGCUUUUGUUUCGCUCUGUACUCCCCCUGCAGCUGUAAUUGCCGAGUGCCUGUUGUAUACUUUAUAGAGUUGAAAUAAAAAUAAUUACUUUUGAA